AUGACGAUGACAUACCACAUGGAAGGAUCUGUCAAUGGGCAUUCCUUUACAAUCGAGGGUGAAGGCAGGGGAAGCCGUACGAGUAAGUCGAUCAACACACCUCCCUUCAUAGUAAAAGGCAACUGAAGAUCUUCACUGUUAUAGGUUUAAGAGAAAUAAGAGUAGUCGUCAAUUUCGGGAUAUUUUUGUGAUGAAAAGUCAAAUUCUAAAAUUAUUUUAAAUUAGCUGUGCUGAGUAUAAGGCGAGAGAUUCCGAAAACUCAAUCAUACCAAAAGAGACACUAUGGCCUUAGGUGCAACAGAAAGCUCUAUGAAUUGUGAAAGUCGUUUUACUAAUCAUCGUAAGUAAAAACCAGAAAAAAAUGUAAGUUAUUCUACAUUACUCAAAACCAAUAACAACUUUUCUUUGAAUGGCAAAUUUGACAUUGAUUUAUCAAAACACGGUGUUAUUCGCAAAUGAUAGGCUACGACGAUCGUCAAUUUUUUGCUGGCCGGGAUCAAACGUCGUUUAUAUUAUCAUAUUUACGCAAACUAUCAUCUCAACAACUCUGCCACUAAAGUGACCUGACAUUAUAUUUCAAAAAUUACUUUUUUCAAUAAUGAUUAAUUAUUACUUUUCUGAAGAAGGAACAAAUAAAAACUAAUUAAAUAAAUGAACCUGUUCAACAGUAUUAAUGAUUCUUUAGGCUAGGUAAGCGGUAUAAAAGUAUAUUGUGUCGUGAUAGGACUUGCCAUUAAUCUUGAAAAAGGGCGAGAUUAACAUGGCAGAAUCGAAAUGAAACUUUAUAUUUAAAUUAUAUAGCAGGCUGUCCUAAGCCCCUACAUGUAUUGUUAUUUAGUUAAAUUAGACUGAUAAAUAGGCAGUGUUUAGCUUAGUUCUCAAAAGGCUCUUCUCUACUUUUCUCAUUUAGUUUAAUCGAUUUGUAUUUCAUUCUUGUUGUGUUUUUUUUGUAGGGGAAAACAGAUCUUGACACUGCGAGUAACCAAGGGUGGACCCCUCCCAUUCUCCUUUGACAUAUUGUCGGCUGUGUUUUGCUAUGGUAACAGAGCCUUUACUGAUUAUCCUGCGUCCAUCGUUGACUAUUUCAAGCCAUUCUUAAUACAUGUUGACCCUUUCAUACAGGUUUGACAAACUUAGAAGUUUAUCAAGAAAAUCAAGACGGUGACAACACAAGCGAAAUAUCCAUAGCUCGACGAGUUGACCCGGCAAAGGGGUCCACAAAGUGUUUACCUCAUCUUGUGCCAAAAAAGGAAGCAAAAGAGCGCCAAAUGCUGUGCACAGUGUUUCUACUGGGCUUGUGUGGUUCAUCUUGACAAAGUGACCUUUAAAUCCAGGUGGAGACAAUAAAAACUAACACAGAAAAGGUGAUCACGGCGCGACCGCUUCUGAGUAUAAAUGACCGCUUAAUAAAGGUCAGUUCUGGAAAGUAAUGUUACUUACUUACUAGCGGUGAAAGAUUUCUCUUAAUGAUUCUAAAAUAGAUUUCUGUACCUUUAACAAAUCACCUUAUUCAAAGGACGCUUAACUUAAGAAGACAAUCAUGACAUAUCACGUUUUUAAUAUGGAUAAUGUAUAAUCAGCAAUAUUACCAAUUUUACCUACGCUAAUAAAAAAGUGUCUUCACAGCUCAGUCGCUGAGUUGUCUGAGUUGAGAUCUAGAAUAGCCGGGCAAUGUUUUUAUAGUCUAUAUCUAUGUAGUCAGUCAAGUGCGGUAGUGAUUAAGCCUGUUGUACAAGCAGUUCUCGCUGCUCCUUGACUACUGAUAAGCAUUUCAUACUAUGGAUGACAAGCUGAAAACAAGUUUACGUUUAAUCUAACCACCAUACCGGGUCAUGAUCUGUAGUCUUUUUAAACUUAUGCCGACACUUCCAUUACCUCCCAAAUACAGCCUACUCGUCACAAAUCUUGUUUAAUUGAAACAAGAAUUCACAACUCAAGAACAACCAUAUUUAAAGUCUUCUCCUUGUUUCAUUGACGAGAAAAGUUCAGGACCCUAUUUUUCUUUUCCCAAAUCGUCUACCCCGUUUCACUGUUUUACUUGGUAAGUGACAUAUUCUGGACAUUUUAAUCACUCCAAUUGUGUCAAUGAGGCGGUGACCGGCAUGACUUUUUGAGCUUUUUAAACACACUCUAUUUCCUGAUCUCGGGAAUAAUUAAUUUUUAGACCAGCAUUAACUUUUACUUCCUCUGCAAAACCUUGUAGCUGCAAUUGAUAGCACACUUUUUUCUGCCUUCCAGAAUUGAUAAAAGUGCUUAUUGAUAAUUGCACCCUAGUUUCUGAUAGAUGUUCAACAUUCACUUUUUAGUUUUUUUUACUUGUAAGCCUUUUGUUGGGGUUUUUUAGCGGCUUGUGCUGAAGCUGUAAGGUAUCGUUAUAACAAAGUCACUAAUGAAAUCGUAUCAAGAUUAAUUUCAAGGUUUUCAAUUGGUUGUUUUAAAUUAACUUUAGAGCUCAAUAUUAUGUAAGAGUUGAAAUUCACAAAUUAGCCAAGUUUGGUUAGGUAAGGCUGUGGAAAAGUACAUGCACACUGCACAUCACGUGAACCUGUCAGUAAAGAACAAAGAUUUAUUUGUCCCGUUUGUCCAGACCAACCUGUCAAGAUCCAGCCUAACCUGUUUUAAUGCGUCGAUCAAGGUGUGUCUUUUGAUCCGAUCUAGCGUUAAAAUCGAUCCACCCUAGCAAUGUAGUCAGUUCAGCUUAGUCGGUGACGGAGUAAACAACAACAGCUUAACUGAAAUUUUGAGUUCGUUUUGACAAAGAAGCAGUUUCUUCUCCACAUGGCUCUUUCAAAGCAAGUAAGUGAAUUUUCAACUCUACGCCAAGAAUAUGAGGCCCUAUUUCUGGCAAUAAGGACUGAUGUAACGGCUGCAGUUUGAUAGCAUACUACCAUGACACACCCUAACGGUAGUUGUAAAAACUUUUCCGUAAGGCAAACAAUCAGAACUAAUUAGAUAUUGGAUGAAAGAUCAGGCCUUUUUACUCGCCUCUUUCUGGGAUUAAUGAGGCAUAAAUUAGUAGAGAGAAUGAUUCGUUUCUUUCUUUUGGAGUGAAACACUCAAGAUUAGUUAUCACGCAAAACAGCAAAAAAGAGGUUAAAAAUCUCAAUUAGACUGAGAAAAAAAGGUAUCUUUUUAGUUUUAAAAUCACUAUUAAUAGCAGAAUUCCGUUCCGAAAGCUUAAAGGUUUUACCGAAUGUAUUACUUUACUUAAAGUCAAUUGCAAGUUUAUUAAUAUGAUUUAAAUCUAAUGCAACUAAUGUAAGUAAUUUGGUAUUUUGCAGUUUAGUCUUGCUAUGGGUAAUGGCUUUUGAUUCUCGCGUAUAAACUUAUAAAAAAAAAGUCUUCUUUGUAAACUUGAUCUAAAUAUUGAAUAGGAGGUCAAUCGAUCUUUUGAGACAUGUAGAUACUCACCCUCAGAAUAGCUUCACUUUUGCCCAACUUAAUUUGUUUUGUUUUGUUUUGUUUUUUUCAAACGAGAACGAUGUUAAGCUUCCUAACCUUUUAUAAUUACAACUUCAAGCUUCACUUUGUAAGCCACACCUGCUCUUAUGUGGAUUCACUAUUGUGCAUUUUGUGAAUGUAGGUUAUCAAAGAUGACAUGACGAUGACAUACCACAUGGAAGGAUCUGUCAAUGGGCAUUCCUUUACAAUCGAGGGUGAAGGCAGGGGGAAGCCGUACGAGUAAGUCGAUCAACACACCUCCCUUCAUAGUAAAAGGCAACUGAAGAUCUUCACUGUUAUAGGUUUAAGAGAAAUAAGAGUAGUCGUCAAUUUCGGGAUAUUUUUGUGAUGAAAAGUCAAAUUCUAAAAUUAUUUUAAAUUAGCUGUGCUGAGUAUAAGGCGAGAGAUUCCGAAAACUCAAUCAUACCAAAAGAGACACUAUGGCAUUAGGUGCAACAGAAAGCUCUAUGAAUUGUGAAAGUCGUUUUACUAAUCAUCGUAAGUAAAAACCAGAAAAAAAUGUAAGUUAUUCUACAUUACUCAAAACCAAUAACAACUUUUCUUUGAAUGGCAAAUUUGACAUUGAUUUAUCAAAACACGGUGUUAUUCGCAAAUGAUAGGCUACGACGAUCGUCAAUUUUUUGCUGGCCGGGAUCAAACGUCGUUUAUAUUAUCAUAUUUACGCAAACUAUCAUCUCAACAACUCUGCCACUAAAGUGACCUGACAUUAUAUUUCAAAAAUUACUUUUUUCAAUAAUGAUUAAUUAUUACUUUUCUGAAGAAGGAACAAAUAAAAACUAAUUAAAUAAAUGAACCUGUUCAACAGUAUUAAUGAUUCUUUAGGCUAGGUAAGCGGUAUAAAAGUAUAUUGUGUCGUGAUAGGACUUGCCAUUAAUCUUGAAAAAGGGCGAGAUUAACAUGGCAGAAUCGAAAUGAAACUUUAUAUUUAAAUUAUAUAGCAGGCUGUCCUAAGCCCCUACAUGUAUUGUUAUUUAGUUAAAUUAGACUGAUAAAUAGGCAGUGUUUAGCUUAGUUCUCAAAAGGCUCUUCUCUACUUUUCUCAUUUAGUUUAAUCGAUUUGUAUUUCAUUCUUGUUGUGUUUUUUUUGUAGGGGAAAACAGAUCUUGACACUGCGAGUAACCAAGGGUGGACCCCUCCCAUUCUCCUUUGACAUAUUGUCGGCUGUGUUUUGCUAUGGUAACAGAGCCUUUACUGAUUAUCCUGCGUCCAUCGUUGACUAUUUCAAGCCAUGA